AUGGUCCUUGUAUUUUCUCUUAUGGGAAUCAUGUUCUCCGCGUGGGAACUCGUUGCUCGACCAUUUGCUCACAAUUACAAUAAAGGUCUGAUGUACUUCAGUUUGAAUACUUGGUUGGGUGCAUCUCAUGAAUUUCUUCAAUUUGCUAUCAUUCUCUACGCGUCUUUCUACUUAAUCAUUCUGGCAAUUAUUGCUGUCCAAUUCGUUUUCCGUUAUUUCACUCUGUGCAGACCAAAUUUUGCCAGAAAGUUCGGAGGAUUCGGAGUGAUUGUUUGGAUAUCUUAUUCACUAAUUUCGGGUGCAAUUUAUGGUGGAUCUCUCUAUUAUUUCUGUCAUCCGGAUAACUUUUCCGACUCCUACAUGAGAGAUAUUAUCGCCGACUCUUACAACUUGACCAUCACUGACGUUCCUCGAUUUUUGAUGAUUCCAUACGCGGAGGAUGGGUCAGUCAGAUGGCAUAAUUUGAACUUCUUGUUGGCUGGAGUUGCUAUUUUGGGUCUACAAUAUCUGAUCAUUAUAUACUGUGGAGUUCGAAUGCAUACUAUCUUACAAAAAGAGCUCUCUCAACAAUCAGUCGUAAAUCGGAAACUUCAAAAGCAAUUCUUCAGAGCUUUAGUCGUUCAAACAGUCGUCCCAACAUUUCUAUUCGUCCUACCAAUCGCCCCAUUUCUAAUCGGACCUCUCGUGGUUCCAUUUAUUGGAAUUCAGAUGAAUUUUCAAACUGGGUGGAUGUAUGUUAUCCUAUGUUUAUACCCACCAAUCGACACAGUCGCAUUCAUGUUAAUUGUGUCAGAAUACAAGAAAGUGACUCUAGAGAUGUUCAAACCAGUUCUUCCAAAGAGAAUCAAAGUUAUAAGUGAAGUAUCCACGUCGACAGCAGCAGCUAUUACUAAAUAA